AUGCCCUUGCCGGUAGCUGGCCUGUUCCCAUAUCCCAUAGACCUGAUCCGAAAGUAUGAUAUGGCAGCACAGGCAGACCUUCAGGGCCUGGACUUAUCCAAUGAGGACUUACAGGCCCGGGUUUCAGACUGGUACGUGCUGCAGAGACAAGGCGGACACAGCAUUGGCGAUUUUUGCUGCCGGCUCCCUGUAUCUUGGAUUUGGUUGUACACAUCCUGGAAUGCUUGCUUUAUGUAUGAAAACAUGAUGAUGAACCACUGGACUUUGGCAGUUCUGUUGGUACCGCUCUUGGAGAGCCAGCGGAUACUUUGCGUACAGCAAUGCAGCGGCACGGAGCAGAAUGCCUGGGUGAACUCGCACUGGCUUCAGGCACGCGGCUUCAGCUUAUGGUUGUGGUACGUCAUUGGUGGUGUGGUCAAUGUUUGUCCGACUCAGUGCACUGGUGUAUCAGACUGGUUUCAGCUAACACCGAAGGAUGAAGACCAGGCUCGCCACCGCUGGGCUUCCGUCAACCUCAUUUGGGGAGCCCUUCACCUCGCGUGGUUUUGGACUCGUGCCUACCGACUCAGCCAAGCCAAACGAACUGAGUGCAAGGCGAAGGGGCUGUCGCAGUGA